AUUUAUCAUUAGCAAUACCCAUCACCAAUUCAUUAACAUUUAUAUUUACAACCAUUGCUGCUAGUUUAUUAGGUGAAGAAAUUGGAAAUAAAGUAACUUGGAUAGGAAUGGGAUUGGUAGUAUUUGGAGUGG